UUGACGAGCAUAAAUGGACAAAGAAACAAGAUGUUUUUUCUUGAUGCUCCUGGAGGUACUGGAAAGACCUACCUCAUAAAGCUGAUUCUCGCAAAGGUUAGAUCAAACAGUAAGAUUGCUCUUGCUGUGGCCUCUUCUGGCAUUGCAGCAACCCUUCUGCCAGGUGGAAGAACUGCCCAUUCCAUGUUCAAAAUCCCAAUAAAUGUAGAGCAUAUGGACAUCCCGAUUUGUUCUAUAUCGAAGAGCGCUCCCAUGGCACGAGUUCUACAAGCAGCCUCCUUAAUAGUCUGGGACGAGUGUACGAUGUCCAAUAAACUGACAAUCGAGGCCCUCGACAGAACACUCAAAGAUAUGAGGAACAGUAAUAAGAUCAUGGGUGGAGUGACGGUAUUGUUCUCUGGUGACUUCCGCCAAACUCUGCCAGUUGUAGUGAGAGGCACAAGGGCGGAUGAAAUUAACGCCUCUAUGAAAAGAUCUACCCUAUGGCCAAUAAUGAACAAACUGGCGUUAACAAAGAACAUGCGGGCCAAUAUUGGAAAUGAGGUGGAAGAAUUCUCCAAUGUUCUGUUAAAGUUGGGAGAUGGAAAGCUGGGUAACGUUGAUGGAACUAUCGAUAUACCACCUUCUCUUGGUGUUAUUGUUCAAACCCAAGAUGAACUCAUCGAGAAAGUCUAUCCAGGAAUUGAAGACCUCCCAAACAAGAGCAGUGCCUGGUUAUGCAAUAGGGCUAUUCUCACUCCAAAAAAUGAAGUUUCAACAAAGAUAAAUAAGAAAGUGAUGUCCCUAUUCCUAAGCGAGGACAAGACAUAUUUGUCGGUGAACACAGUUCUAAGAAAUGAUGACGCAGUGCACUACCCGGCAGAGUUUCUUGACUCGGUGACAGCACCUGGACUACCCGCCCACGAACUUAAUCUUAAAAUUGGUAUUCCCGUUAUGCUUCUAAGAAAUUUAAACCCUCCUAAAUUAUGCAAUGGGACUCGGCUUCGAAUUCGAAGUCUCCAGCGAAAUGUCAUAGAAGCCGAAAUUCUAACAGGCUGUGGUGCGGGAGAAGUGGUGUUUGUCCCCCGGAUCCCCCUCAUCCCAAGCAACUAUCCCUUUGAGUUUAAGCGCCUGCAAUUUCCCUUAAAUCCAUGUUUUUCCAUGACGAUCAACAAAUCGCAAGGUCAGACACUGUCAACAGCAGGGAUUGAACUAGGUGACGCGCAAUGUUUUUCACACGGACAGCUGUACGUGGCGUGCAGCCGAGUGCGAUCGCCAACCAACCUUUACAUACAUGCCCCAGGCGGUCGAACCACUAAUAUAGUAUAUGAAGAGGCAUUAAGUUAGGCAACCUUUUAAUUUUUUGUGUUUUUUGUUUUUCUUCACUAUUUAAUAUUUAUUUUCAAUGUAUGUCAUUUGUUGUUUUUGAAAUUUUGAUAUUGUAAUUUCGCUGUGACAAAUGUUAAGCGCUUCAACUCUGCUAUCUUUGCCAACUUUGUUAUUUAAAACUUUCGAAUAUUUUUUAAGAUUUAAGUUUUUUAAUGUAUUUUUAUGUACUAAAUUAUGUUAAAAUAAAUUAAUCAUUGUUAUUACAAAAAGUUUGUAACCUUAUUCUUGAAUAAACCCGU